AUGGCGAUAGAAUGUUGGUAUCAAUCAGAAAUACUUCAGCUUCUGGUAUGGCCGAAGGGUGGACUGAGAGGAAAUUUGGAAGCUGUUGGAGUUCCAACUUCGGUGCCUGUACGAGUUGCACGUGAACUUCUUCUUGCUGGACACCGGUAUUUGAACGUUAGGAUUCCUGAAGAGUUCAGUGCUGGACAUGUGGUGGAGGCAACUAACAUUCCGUAUGCGUGCAGAGUUGGAUCGGUUAUUCUUAUAUUUUCUUGAACGUAUUAGGCAAUCUAAAUGUAUUCCUGUUUAUUAAACGGAACUAAUUACCUUAUAUAGAUUUAAUCAAGCCUUGUUUUGGUA